AUGCGACCGCAAUUCCUCUCGCGAACGCGUCAAUUGAACGCCCCCCGCACUUUCAGCACCUCCGCCCGUUUCUUCUCCGCAGACCCGCCUACCGCUUCCAUCGCAGCUUCAUUCCUCUCUCGCUUCCAAACCUCAGGGCCCCAAACACGGACCCAGAUCCUCGACGCAAACCAGUUACAACUUCUCACACUCACGCUUAACCGCCCUUCCUUGUUCCCCGGCUCGCCCUCGCUGUCUAACACACCAAAUGCGCCCCCACUCGACACCCCCGUGCCUCCGGGCUACCACCUGGUGUACUUCACGCCUGCCUUCUUAGAAGCUGAGCUCGGCGCUGAUGGAACCGAUGCAUCGUAUAACCCCGAGUCACCGUUUACGAGACGGAUGUGGGCCGGUGGUGAGGUCCUUUGGCCUCGGGGCGCAGAUGGGAAACCGAAUCCCCUACGUGUGGGACAGCAAGUUCGUGAGACGACGCGUGUGCUCAGUGCCGAGCCGAAGGUUGUUAAAAAGACGGGCGAGGAUAUGAUUGUUGUUGGCGUGGAGAAGGAAUUUUCCAAUGAGCACGGCGUGUCCAUUAUCGACCGGAGGAAUUGGGUAUUCCGCAAAGCACUGCCAACGCCGUCAAUCUCGACGCCUGCAAGUACCGCACCCCCUUCGACAUCGCAUCUCACAGAAGCCUCUGCCUCGACAAUCUCCACCGAGGCCAACACACAUACAAAGACCUUCGUCCAAUCCCCCGUCACCCUCUUCCGUUUCUCUGCCUUGACAUUCAACCCACACAAGAUCCACUACUCUCUGCCCUGGGCGCGGGACGUAGAGGGACACAAGGAUAUCGUCGUUCAUGGACCGUUGAACUUGAUUUCGAUCUUGGAUUUGUGGCGGGAUGUCCAGGGCAAAGGUGCUAGUGAUUAUACUUCAGUGAUUCCGCGAAGCAUUUCGUAUCGGGCGACUAGUCCGUUGUAUGCGGGUGAUGAGUAUAAGAUUGUUCUGCGGGAGGAUGGGGAUAUCUCGAAGGUGCAGAUUCUCGGACCUGGAGGAGUCGUCGCUAUGAAGGCGGAGAUUCAGAGCUGA